GAUAUUCUUUUUGAUAACCAAAUAUCAUUAUUCAUAUAGUUAUAUACAACAUGUUUUAGUUAUUCACUUGAAACUCUUCAUGGCUGCACCUAAUCCCAUUAGUCCUAUGCACCAACUUGUGUCAUUUACUUUGACUUUGUCUUUAUCUCCGUUGUUUUAGUAUUGUGUUUGAUCAUAGCUGAUAAAGAAAAAGAACUCAACAAAAAAGAAUAUCUGCUUCUGAGUUCUGAUACCCGCCUACCCGGUUCAUGGAGAAGGAGCUGGAUGGUGAUGAUGUUAUAGUAGAGAUUUCAGGUGGUGCUGAAGAAAAAUCAAAUUCUAGUGACCCAAAUGGAGAGAUGAAGGAUGAGGGAAUUGAGAAGCAAGAAUCUGGAUCCUUUAAAAGGUAUCUUGACCCACCACCACUUGUUACUAUUAUUCCGCCGGUUCAAUCAAAUCAAGAUGCGGGUCUCAGAUCAAGGAAAAAAGAGCCAUCGUUUAAGGGCUCGGGCCCUUCGACUAUAGAGAUAUCAAAUACUAAUCCAGUUGCAGUCAUGAAAGCCGAAGACACUGCCAAAAUAUCAUUGGCUCAAUCUCCAUACCCGAAGCCGAAAUCAAGAAUCAUUGAACCAGUGGCUCCUGUAGAGAAGAUAAACACACCCAAAGUCACCCCUCCAAUAACACCUAAAACACCAUUGUUGGCGUCACCAGGAGACGAAGAUGAGGAUGAUGAGGAUGUAUAUUAUACAAGAAUUCUCGAAGCGAAUAGGACAAGAAAACGAUCAAAGAAAGUCAAGGUUUGGUUUUUAAUCGAGUUCAGUUUAUUUAUUUGCGUAACGGUGGUUUUAAUUCUGAGCACGACUGUGGAUAAGUUUAAGAAAUAUAUAUGGAGUUUAGAACUAUGGAAAUGGUGUGUUUUGGUGUUAGCAAUAUUCUGUGGUCGUUUGUUUUCAGAAUGGUUUACAUACACAGUAGUUUUCUUGAUCGAAAAGGAAUUCUUGCUUAAGAAGAAAGUUUUGUAUUUUGUUUAUAGCCUGCAAAAAAGCGUUCGGGUUUUUAUCUGGUUAGGUUUAAUUUUACUAACGUGGGGACUACUGAUCAACCACGGGGUCCGUAGAUCAAGAAACACAACUAAGUUUUUAAACUAUAUCACACGGGGGAUUGCCUCUACACUUGUUGGUGCGGCUGCAUGGGUCCUUAAAACUCUAUUUGUAAAACUCUUAGCUUCUAAGUUUCAUGUUAAGAUAUUCUUCGAUAGAAUCCAAGAAAAUAUUUUCCAUCAGUAUGUUCUUCAGACACUGUCGGGGCCUCCGUUAAUGGGGGAUUCUGAAAGCAUGCCACCGAGCAGGCAGUUGAGUUUCAAAAAUUCUAAAAAUGAAAGCGGGGGACAAAAGAAAGAAAAGGUUGUUGAUGUGCAAAAGCUACAAAAAAUGAAGCGCGGAAAGGUGUCUGCAUGGACAAUGAAAGGAUUAAUGAAAAUUAUAAGUAAAUCGGGUUUUUCUACACUCUCUAGUGCACUUGAUGAAAGUGAAGAUACUGCUAAGGGGAACGAACAAAAAGAAGGAACAAUAAAUUGUGAAUCGGAAGCUCAAGAGGCGGGUUAUGUUAUAUUCAGAAAUGUUGCUAAACACGGGCACAAGUACAUCGAAGAGAGUGAUCUUUUGCGUUUUAUGAACGUAGAGGAUGUGAAGAGAGUGCUUCCAUUGUUUGAAGGCGCAGUGGAAACCGGAAAGAUUAAGAAAAAGAUAUUUAGUAACUGGGUGGUUAACGUGUACAAGGAGCGUAAAUUUCUGGCACUUUCUCUAAAUGACACAAAAACAGCCAUCGAAGAGCUAAACAAGCUUGUUUCUGGGCUUACAUUAUUCGUCCUCAUAAUCGUUUGGUUACUACUCAUGGGGAUUGCCACAACAGAAGUACUUCUUUUCAUCUCAUCUCAGUUAUUACUCGGUGUUUUCAUGUUUGGGACCUCUGCUAAGACAGCAUUUGAAGCCAUCAUAUUCGUGUUUGUGAUGCAUCCGUUUGACGUUGGUGAUCGUUGUGUCGUUGAUGGUGUUCAGGUCGUUGUAGAAGAAGUAAACAUAUUGACAACCGUAUUCCUAAGAUACGACAACGAGAAGAUCUACUACCCAAAUUCAAUCUUGGCAACAAAAGCGAUCAGCAAUUUCAACAGAAGCCCUGAAAUGAGCGAUUCUGUCGAGUUUGAUCUGGAUGUUUCUACUUCAGUGGAGAACAUCUUAGCACUAAAAGCUAAAAUCAAAGCGUACAUAGAUAGCAAACCGCAGUUAUGGCGGCCAAAGCACAGUGUUAGGGUUAGGGAGAUCGAAGAUGUGAACAAGAUGAAAAUGAGCCUGUACGUAACGCAUACGAUAAACUUUCAGAACUACGAUGAGAAAAGCGAUAGAAGAUCAAACCUGGUGAUGGAGCUGAAGAACAUAUUCGAAGAGCUUGGAAUCAAGUAUCAUCUUCUUCCUCAAGAGGUUCUGAUUAGAUAUGUAGGCUCUGCAUCGCCACCAGCAUCCACCGCCACACGCUUGUCAUGAUCGGAUUUCCGGUUUCCUUUGCUUCUGGAUCUGUUGAUUUUAAUUGUAACGGUCAUCAAUUUGAGUUGUAACGGCCAUAAAUGAUUCUUUUUUUUUUCUUGGUAUCAAUGUAUAUUCAGUAAAUUGACAUUUUAGUC